UUCACUUUGUCAAAACAAUUUGAAAGUACACUUCAACACUUGUUCCAAGUAGAAAACCCAAAUAAACCCCAUCCCGUCCUCCGCACCGGCCACCCCUUCAAUUCCCUUUUACUAAUUCUCAGUUAUUCUUCCUCGAUGGCGGACGCGACAACAACCACCGCCGCCGCCGACGACGCCAAAGACAUUGAGAUGCUCUACGAGUAUGGCGACCGUCUUAGUGAAGCUAACGACAAAUCACAGAACGUGAUGGAUUAUGAAAGGAUAAUUAAAGCGGCGAAAGGUAGUACAAAGUCGAAACAAUUGGCCGCACAGCUUAUUCCAAGGUUUUUCAAGUUUUUUCCUGACCUUUCCAGUAGUGCGGUUGAUGCUCAUCUUGAUUUGUGUGAAGAAGAAGAUCUCGGGGUUCGUGUCCAAGCUAUUAGGGGCCUUCCACUAUUUUGCAAGGACACACCAGAAUAUGUCUCCAAGAUUGUUGACAUUCUUGCUCAGCUGCUCAUGGCCGAGGAGAAUGUGGAAAGGGAUGCAGUUCAAAAAGCCUUGAUGUCUCUACUGAGGCAAGAUGUGAAGGCAUCAUUAUCGGCAUUGUUUAAGCAUGUUGAAAGCAUAGAUGAGACUACUGAUGAAAAUAUUCGGGAAAAAGUCUUGGCCUUUAUAAGAGACAAGGUUUUUCCCGUCAAAGCCGAACUCUUAAAGCCGCAAGAGCAGAUGGAAAGACACAUAACUGACUUAAUUAAAAAGAGUUUGCGAGAUGUAACUGCUGCGGAGUUCAACAUGUUCAUAGACUUCUUAAAAAGUUUGAAUCUAUUUGGUGAUGGUGCUGCACAUGCGCGUGUUCGAGAACUUAUUGAAACUAUAGAAAGUCAAGCUGAUCUGGAUGCACAAUUUGACGUGCUGGAUGUAGAUCAUAUUAACAGGCUUAUAUCAUGUCUAAAGAUUGCCAUUCCAAUAUUCAUGCGGGGUGCGUCAAACAGCAAGUUCCUGAACUAUGUGCACAAACACCUAAUUCCAGUUUUUGACAAGCUACCCGAGGACCGGAAGCUAGAUCUGCUGAAAAAUCUCGCUGAAAGUUCUCCAUAUACCACACCACAGGAUGCACGCCAGAUCCUUAGUUCUGUUGUUCAGCUAUUAAAGAAGUACAUGCCUCGAAAAAAGACGGAAGAAAUAAACUUCAAUUAUGUUGAGUGUUUAUUGUACAUGUUUCACCAGUUGGCAUCAAAGGCUCCCAAUGCCACCAAUAGUUUGUGUGGUUACAAGAUAGUCACGGGCCAACCAUCGGAUAGGAUAGGAGAGGACUUUUCAGAGCAGUACAAGGACUUCACUGAGAGAUUGAAAUGCGUCGAGGAGCUUUGCAGGGGUGCUAUGAAGAAGUUAACUCAGGGUAUGGAUGAGCAAAACAAGAGAAUGGCAUCCGCAUCAAAGGAAGAUAAAGAAAAGAUUAAAACGGAAAAACAAAAUGCUACAACAGGGCUAAAAACAUGCAACAACAUUCUAGCUAUGACUCAGCCUCUACAUAAAAGUUCACCUUUGUUCAUCAGUGACAAGAUCAAUCUAUCAUGGAAAGAACCAGAAAAAUCAUCUGUACCUUCUACUACUGCUGCUUCUGGGGCAAAACGACCUGCUGGUGCUUCCGUGAAUGGUUCUAACAUCACAGCCAAAAAAGGUCGUGGCGCCGGUGGAGUUCAGAACCAGCUUCUUAACAGGGCAGUGGAAGGUAUUUCUUAUGGCGGCAGAAGUGGUAGUCAUGGCGGCAGAAGCGGUGGUAGGACAGGCAGAGGAAGAGGAUGGGGUGGACGUGGCAGAGGGAGGAGUUAUCGGUAAUUUUUAACCAGUUCACUUGAUGAUUGGAGGUCUAGUGAAAUUGGCAAGAGUAGUUCAAACCUGGAUAAUGUUCUACACAAGCAAAACAACUGCUUUAGAAUGUACCAUGAGUCCUUGACAAGUUUUUAUUUAGUGGCUGAGCUGAUGAUUAGUUUGUAUUUUUGUUGCAGAUAUUCUUAAUAUCAUUUUUAAUAGAUGUUUAGUUUAGUUUAGUAUUAGUUUUAGUUUCUUAGAUUUGUGCUCAAUAUUUCCUCUCUUGGAUAUGUAUUCUACUUGAUAUGCUUUGUUUAAUUUUGAUUAUUUGUAGCC